GGCCCAGGCAGCUGACUGCUCCUCCUGGCUUGAGUGCUGCAGGGCAGGCCGAUAGGGAGUCGGGAGGGUGGGGCUAUUGCAUUCCCCCAGGCUGAUGCCACAUGGAGAGGAGCGAUCAACCCAAGAAAGAUGGCAUCGGCGGUGUGGGAGAGGGACUCAGCACAGGAACGCUGGUGGCUGUCCCUUCAGUUCUCUCCCCGGAGUCACCGACCCCAGUCUCUCCGCACAGAACUCUAGACUACUCCGCGCUCUCUCAACCGAAGACCAGGAUCAGAGGCAACAUAACCGGAUCGAAGAAGCUCAUAGCUCUAGCUUUUGUUUCUGCCAAUUUGGAAUCAUACAUGGCUUCAGAUGGCAAUCUUCUCCAGGUUCCCUUGCGUCAGAAGCCGGGAAAGAAAACUCAAGGGUUUUUCACAAUGAGCCGGAGGAGGAUAUCGUGUAAAGACCUGGGGCACGCAGACUGCCAAGGGUGGCUCUACAAGAAAAAGGAGAAAGGAACUUUCCUGAGCAACAAAUGGAAGAAAUUCUGGGUGGUACUGAAGGCAUCCUCUCUGUAUUGGUACAGCAAUCAGUUGGCAGAAAAAGCUGAAGGAUUUGUCAACCUGCCUGACUUCACUGUGGAGAAAGCAUCUGAAUGCAGAAAAAAGCAUGCUUUCAAGAUCAGCCAUCCACAGAUCAAGACCUUUUAUUUUGCAGCUGAGAAUACGCAAGAAAUGAAUGUGUGGUUAAACAAGCUUGGAUUGUCUGUAACCCAUCAUGAAUCCACUACAAAAGACGAAGAAUGCUACAGUGAGAGUGAACAGGAUGAUCCAGAAAUAGCUGUGGAGACAGCACUGCCUCCUAUCUCUUCGGAGACUUUGUCCCCCUUGGCAGCAGAGCAGGCAUCUUCAUCUUCAUCCAAACUGAGUGAAACACCGGGUUCUUUCUCUUCCCUGGAAAAUACCGUAAAGGCAGCCAGCACUUUGCCCACCUCCUGCUCGAAAGAAAGACAGUCCUUGACUGACAUUAACAGUUCCUCUGCUGCUGAAGAUGUGGGACAAUCUAUAGCAAUUGCUGUGGAGAUUCACCCACCUGGACCCUCAGAGACAGACAGUCACAAGGCCCUGGAGAAAAGCUUGGCCACAUCAGAAAGUGGAGCUUUAAACUCUUUAUCUGGCGGUGACACGUCUUCAUUGAGUAGCAACCUAGACCAUCUUACUGUCCCAGACAAGCCUACGGGAUCAAAGAUGAUAGACAGAGAAGAAACAAAAGUGUCUGGAGAUGAUGAAAUGGAGAAGCUCUACAAAUCAUUAGAGCAAGCCAGUCUAUCUCCUCUUGGGGACCGACGACCUUCAACCAAAAAGGAGUUGAGAAAGUCCUUUGUGAGGCGGUGUAAAAAUCCAUCCAUAAAUGAGAAACUCCACAAAAUCCGAACCUUGAAUAGCACAUUAAAGUGUAAAGAACAUGACCUGGCCAUGAUUAACCAGUUGCUGGAUGAUCCGAAGCUGACAGCCAGAAAAUACAGGGAGUGGAAAGUCAUGAACACCAUGCUGAUUCAGGACAUCUAUCAGCAGCAGCAGGACCCUGCGUCCGCAUCAGCCCCUGCAGGCUCCCCCUAGGGAACUCCGGAAACCAUCUUCCUCUGCCUCUGUUGAAAGUUCUGUUUGACAACAAGCCAGCAUUCUCUGCCCUUCUCCCCCCAAGCAACUCUUCGAGAUGUUGCAAGAGCUUACAUUUUUCCUUAAAAGGAAAACUGAGACCAGUUCCUCAAGUAUCAGCUUCCAGUAGAGAUGCAGUCUUGAUGAGGACCAGCACCAGGAGCAGCAGGACUCCUUCCAGGUGUGGCGUUCCCAUGGAGACUGGAGGGAUGGAGUCAAGUUGAACAGUCUUUGUGUUCCUGCUGGGAGCUCAGUUAUGCCAGACUCUAGGUGGAAUGUGAAAACUCUAGCUUCUGUUCCCUGCUCUCAAGAGAAUUACAACAGUCUGUGGACGAAGGAUCACCUUUUUACCAUAGAAAUAUUCAGUUCUCCAAUUCUACUGGGUUGGGCAGCGGAGUUCUCCAAAUCAUUUUGUUGGAUGAAGGAAUGGUUUCUAUGGCAGCAACUGGAACAGGACAAAUGUUUUUAUGGAACUGAAAUCCCCUGCCCCUGGUCCAGAAAGGUGGUGCCUUUUCCACGAGUGGAGAAACACUUCAUAGCGAGUGGGGUGUGGGAGAACCCGAGAAGGAGGCGUGUUCUGUAUUCCCCUCACUCAAAGGACAGCUUGAUGGCUUCAUACUUCACCAGCUGGGGGUGGGGUGGGAUCUCAUUAUCUCUCCUUUCCACAGAACAGCUAACAAAAAUGUCUCCUUAUUCUUGGAGGCCUCUACCCCUUCCCAGCGUUUCUGAACCACUGUAGGAGGCAGUAACAGGUCCCGCAAGGAAUGUUUGCUGCAGUUGUCCUUGGGUGUGUGCCCGUGCACAGUAUAACUUUAUGUCUAGGUUCCCCAGGAUAAAUAUUGAUGAGAUCAUUCUGUUAUCUGAAUUGUUUAAAUACCUUUACUCCAAAAAACAACAACAACCAGCCAACAAAAACGACAAGAGAGUUAAAACAUGAUUGUUUUAUUUUUGUAUGUUGAUGUCACAUUGUGUCCUAUGUGAAUAGCCAUCUAUAAUGUUUGUUAUUUAAGUAUAUUUAUAGAAGUUCAAAUUACUAGUGUUUUAAAAGAUGAUAUACUAUUCUAUGUUUUGCUCAGUAUAUAUUCUCAAAGGAUAUACAUUUUUGCUUGAGAAAAAUAGAAAUACUAUUGAUGAUUGAUUCAUUGGAAUUAUUACAUAUAUAAUGUAUGAGGAAUGCUCAGGAAAUCUUGUGGGAUCAAUGAGGGGGCAUGCAAUAAUUAUCUUUAAUUUUCUGAUUUAUCUCUUUCUCUCUCCCACCCUCCCUCUCUCCUAACCUCCCUCCCUCCCUUCCUCCUAGCCUCCCUUUCUCCCUGCAGAGGGCUUAAAUUUCUCUGUUUUAAGUCACCCCCUUAACUGGAAAUGGAUUUUCAUCUUACAUUAUCCCUUUGGAUAAAUAAACUUUAAACCUUAUGCCAUUUAUGCCCUAAACCAAAUGAAACACAACUAAUGUAGUCUUUUGCCUAAAGACCUGUAGAAAUUUAGGGGUCUGUUAAAGAGAACUAAUUUCAUUAGAGAAGCAAUAUGAAAGUCUUCCCUUACUAAUCAUCAUGAAUAUUUUUCACCAUAAAAGUAACCACAAACCACCAAAACCCCAUUUUGGCCCUACCCCUAGCAAAUGGUCAUCAUAACACAGUUUUCUGUAUAGCAUUUAACCAUGGCUUGACAUUCAAGUGGAAAUAACCCCUGAAUUUUAUCUGCAAACUAAAUGGAAAUAGUUGCUGAAUAUUUUCCCAAGCUUUACUAAGAAGUCUUAAUACUUUGCAAAAAAAAAAAAAAAGAAAAGAAAGUAAAGAAAAACAAAACAAAAUAACCGCCAACCUAAGCAUUAGGAAAGAAAAAAAUCAAACUAGAGAAAACACACACACACACCCAAAAGAGGAAGCAACCUGUAGUGUUAGAAGCUUGUGUGAGAUAAGAGACCAGGGCAGUAAACUCUUCAAAGUUCCUGCACCAAGUGGAACGUGCUGGGCGAGGUCACAGGCCACACAGAAGAGGGCGCCUGGCCUGUGAUGAGUUACUGUUGGCACCGGAGAGAAGUAACCAUUCAUGUCCUCAGAUUGGGAUCUGAAGCUUCUGGUAGGAGAGGCCGAUGCUUUCAUCUCUCCUCUGGAAAUGAUCAUUUAGCAGUUAUUAGAACAUUGAUUGUGUAGGACUCACAAUGUCAGCCACCUGUGGAGGGAAGGAGACGUAAUGGAGGAAAUAAUAAUGGAGUGUGACAUACUGUUUUCCCACCUUUGUUCUCUGGUUCCCAGCACCAAACUAUACAUGUCAAGAGUUGUUUUUUUGUUUGUUUUUUUCCCCCUAAAUUGAAUUCUUCCAAAAGCUUUUGACUAGGGCUUGGGAUAUAUUUCAGUGUUCUGUUUUGGCUUUUCAUGAAUACACAUUUAACUGACCUUUUAGUAGACUUUCCCUUAGAACCAUCCAGAAGCAAAAUAGGUUCAUGAGAUUACUUAAUCAAGCCGUUAUUUUCAUUAUUUUUCAAAGUCAAGUUAGUCUAGACAUGUUUGCUUUGUUAGUUAAAGCAGCCACUUUGCAGAAUCUCCCCAAAUGGGAGUUAAACUGAACUGUACCAUUUUGCAUCCUGCUCUCCUAGACCAAGGGGAGACUGCUCUACCCACACCUGUAGACAUAGGGUCUGAGGGCAGUGGAUUGACCCAGAACCAUGGCUGUUCAGUAAGGAAGUAGAGAAUCUCUAAGCGUAACCAGGUCCAAAACCUGUGGGCACCUUCUAUUGAUUAGGAUCUGGAUCAGACUCCUCCUUGGGGUUGCCGGGAGGACCACUUCUCACCACGGUUAGUCUGUAGACCCAAACUGGUGCCUGCUAGGAUACCCUCACCUCCUCUAUUGCAGCACAUGCUAAAUCAGAUGGCCCCAUAUGUGGGUUCCAUCUUUUUUGCUUUUAAUAAUUCUUGGUUCUGCUACAAUCCCAGCAUAAUAUCAAAGGCCUGGGAAGAAUCAUAAAGCACAUUUUUGCAAAGACUCCAGGAAGCCUAAAAAAGAACUUAUGUUUGAAGUGAGAUUUCAAUGUGAACCAACGCCUUAUAUGUAUGCAGCACUUUAUAGUUUGCCAACAGUGUGUUUCAGGCUCCCCCUCCGCCUCCCCAGUGGUCUUCAUGGGAUGAUUGUGGUUUAUUACUGCUCAGUCUGAUGGAGCGAGGAAACACACUCUGAAAGGUGAGGUCCUGGGGAGGGCCCCAGGUGGUAUAGCCAGGACUUGCACUUGUUCCUCCCUCUCCCCUUUGCUCAGUUGUUGUUGUGUCCAAGUAGUUGGUUGGACUUGGAGUGCCCAGGCCUUUGUGCUGAAACGGGCACAUGCUGUGGUGGCUUUUGCAAAGUCAUCCAUUUGAACCCCCCGGGGGGAAAGGGGGAGGGAGCCUUCUUUUCCUUGAACACAGUCUCUUCCCACGGGUUACUGUCCCUCCCGCAGUGACCUGCUGACUGUGAACUGGGGUUUAACCUAAGAACUCUGGGAUUCUUUGCUUCCUUCUGAGAAGUCUGCUGCUUGUGAGGUGCUGUGAGACCCUUGGAUGAAAGAGAUACACUUCAAGAAAUGGAGUGUAUUUUUUUGUUUUCCUUUCAAAGAGUGUCAGGAGAUGUCAGAGACCGAGCUUAGUGGCUUGGGGCCACUAGUCACGUAAUUGUGAGGAUAAUUUCCCCAGAAAGCCUUUAAAUCACUAACAAAAUCAGAGAUAAAACAUUAAAAAAAACACUUUUAAGUCUUUUAAAGAGAGAUGACAUUGAAAGGUAAUAUUUUGAUACAGCCACACUGAAGAUUUAGUGAGCAAUUUAAGUACAUGGGGUGCCUAUCUGAAAGUUACUAUUUAUUGAAGAGCUGCCAUGUCCAAACGAAGUUGUAGGAUGUGUUUCUUCUUCAGUCUAGUAGAAAACGGUAUUUGAUUGGGGUGUUCCCAUGUAUUUCCCUUCCAAUGUUUUGUUCACUUAUCUCGCAAGAGAAACCAAGUCCUAGAAAUGUCAGCUGACUGCCCUGCCUGGGCUUGUGGAAUAUGGAGUUGAAAAGGAAAACCCUGAAACUGGACUGUAACAACCCAUGCAAAAUGGACUGGGAGGGGACAGUUCUGGUUUCACACUAUGACGCCAAUCUCAGGGAACAGGAUAUUGAGCGGCUACACGUUUCUCCACAUGCUGAGACAGGAAGCUAUUUUCUUGCAUCCUCUGCACAUCUUUCUUUACUCUUCCCCAUGUUACCACAGGCCACAGAGAAAAUAUUAAAAAAAAAAGAAAAGGAUUUUUGUUUAAAAAAAAUAGUUCUUGCAUUUCCCUUGCUGUGAGGAGACUUAACUUCUCUGUAUUGGUAUUUCGAGUCCAAAGGGGAAGCAUGCCCCAUGGAAACACAGCACCCCAUAAUAAAACCAAGAUUAUAAGUCACCAUGUAUGCUAAUGUCCUUGCAUGAGGGGGAUGUGACUUGUAGCACUGCAUGGUCUUUGGGGGCAAGAUGUUAAUGUGGAAAUGACACCUUCAAUUUCAUUGUGCUUUCAUUCUCUGUCACCUACCCUCUUGGAUUAUUCUGAAAAGUGUCAUGGCUCAUUUCUCAUUUCUCCUGCUUUAUUUUUUUGAGGUUGACUUGUAAGAUAAAAAUAAAACAAGGUGAAAUAUAUAUACAUAGUAAAAUUAUAUGGAAAAAAAUUAAAAUAUACUACUGGUGUUC